CUGUGAUCUAAAGAUAGUGCGAUGGGAUCUGACCGGGAGUUUCCCGUCAGAAAAGCUCCCGAAGAAGCUUAGAGCUUUGCUUCGCCUUCCAGCCCCCCCCCGCGUUCGACCUCCACCGCGCGACGAUAACGACAUCGCUUAAUAACUACUUUCCUCGAACACAAUUCCUUUUUGCUCCAUGUCCUAAGGAGGCCAUACUUUAGUCGCCUGCCACUGCGCCGGUUCCAUCCGCGAAAGGUAGGAUCCAUGGCUUUACACAAGGCUGCGCGAGCGAAUCCUCUGGCCUUCACACCCGGCCCUGUGACAAUAAUAGUGACCGUUAUCUAUGUCGCGCUCAUCGUGCCGCUGCUCGUCAUCCGUCAUGUUCUACCGUCCGCACCGAGCACAGAUCCAAAGGGUAUCAAUCUCACGGAGGCGUGGGUAGACCUCCAACACCUUACUGCGGGUUUCCAUCCCUACAAUUCCCACCGGAAUGACGAUGUACAUCAAUGGCUGUUGACGAGGGUUAACGAAAUCCUCGAGGCGCGCGCUUCAGACGAAGCGCACCAGUCCGCGGGAGAAGAAAGACCGGACGUCUUCGUUUUUGAUGACAAUACGUCUAAUCUGACCUUUUCUGGAGGUAGUGUCGCCAGCACUAUCACUCUGGGAGUGUAUUUCGAAGGUACCAACAUAAUCGUAUAUAUCCGCGGAUCCGAGGACAGCAAAGACAAAUGGUGGGAUGAUCCAGAAGGCGAGCCUGAGGGCAAAGGCGGCGUCUUGGUCAAUGCGCACUAUGAUAGCGUCUCGACCGGUUAUGGUGCGACGGACGAUGGUGUCGGGGUUAUCACCUGUCUCCAAUUGAUCAAAUACUUUACCACGCCCGGACACGCUCCACGGAAGGGAUUGGUGGUGCUAUUCAACAACGGCGAGGAAGAUUUUCUCAAUGGCGCGCGUGUAUACAGUCAGCAUCCAAUCUCCAAGUUCCCUCACACUUUCCUGAAUCUGGAAGGCGCCGGAGCUGGAGGACGAGCUACACUCUUCCGCAGUUCUGACACGGAAGUCACUCGAUUCUAUGAGAGAUCACAGUAUCCGUAUGGCUCAGUCCUCAGCAAAGAUGGGUUCCGGCUUGUUCGCAGUCAAACCGACUACGUCGUCUUCGAAGGUGACCUUGGUCUCCGUGGGUUGGAUGUUGCAUUCAUGGAACCUCGAGCUAGGUACCACACCGAUCAGGAUGAUGCGAGACAUACCAGCAAGGAUGCCGUGUGGCAUAUGCUAUCAGCCGCCGUUGCUACGACUGAGGGUCUUGUGUCUGAUUCCAGCAAUCGCUUCGAUGGAGAUGCGCAAGAGCCUGGAAAGGUACCCAGCGGUAAAGGUUCGGACGCGGUGUGGUUCGAUCUGUUUGGUAGUGCCUUUGCUGUAUUCCAGCUUCACACCCUGUUUGCACUCUCAGUGACCUUGCUUAUCGUAGGACCACUGACCCUAUUUGUCACCAGUGUGGCGGUAUCUAAAGUCAACAGAAUGUAUCUUUUCAGCAUGUCGGUCCCCCUGGACGAAGCCGGUGACGAGAGAGUCCCGCUUUAUGGUCUGAGAGGAAUAUUCCGGUUCAUAUUCCUGUUUGGGGUGCCCACUGGGGUUGCAGUCGGUCUGGCCUACCUGCUAACCAAGGUCAAUCCCCAGAUCAUACAUAGCAGCGAAUAUGCUGUUUGGAGUAUGAUCAUAUCUGCCUGGUUCUUCUUAGCAUGGUUUGUGUCUCGUGCAGCAGAUUUCGCUCGACCUUCUGCUCUUCACCGAGUCUACACUUUGACUUGGCUGUUCAUUGUGGUGUGGGUGCUUCUUGUCGUCACCACCGUCUAUGAGAACAAAUCUGGCUUAGCUGGAGGUUACUUUGUCUUUUUCUACUUCGUUGGGGUAUUCCUGGCUACGUGGAUUUCUUAUUUGGAGCUGUUUUCGCUACCGAGGAAAUCCGAUUAUGUGAGCCAGUUCCGACAGACGUCGCGGAGAGCAAGCAGCUUUGGCAGUCGACUUCUUACCCCUACCGCCGACGAGAUUGGAAGCACGGCCAAUGCUGAAGAGGAACCGACGGAAUCCACGUCUCUGCUGCGAGGGGGAGGACAGCGAAUGACAUUCGCGCACUACACUCGCGUAGAAGAUGACAACCAUACCACGAGCGAUCUCACUGUCCAAGAGCAUGAUCGCGGCCCAGCUGUAUAUGGACAUGAGCAGCAAUGGAGCGCUAAACUUCCCAAGUGGACAUGGGUACUGCAGCUGCUUCUCCUGGCCCCAAUUGUCAUUAUUUUAGUUGGUCAGAUCGGCCUUUUCCUGACAAGUGCUCUCCAUCAGACCGGUCAAGACGGCAGUUCUGUCUUAACCGUCUAUUUGCUGAUCGUUGCUUGCGCGGUGCUCAUCCUUGUGCCUAUACUGCCAUUCAUCCAUCGAUAUACCUACCACAUCCCAGUUUUCUUGCUUUUGAUCUUUAUUGGCACACUCAUCUACAACCUGGUCGCAUUCCCAUUCUCUCCAACAAAUCGCUUGAAACUUUUCUUCAUUCAGGAAGUCGACCUGGAUACCGGUGUCAACCGUGCGUCGCUCACGGGUAUCCCUCCAUUUGUGAAUGAUGCGGUGAACGCCGUUCCUAGCGCCGCGGGCCAAAACAUAACCUGCGAUUGGCUUGGGCCCCGAUUGAAGUGCUCUUGGGAGGGACUUCCACCGCAUGUCACCAGUACAGAAUUGUCCUCUCUAUCCACGGGCUCAGAGAGCGACUGGGUAUCAUUUAAUGUCUCAAAGACAAGCGCCAAGAGGGCCACCUUCGAUAUCUCCGGGAAAAAUACACGGGCCUGCAAAAUCUUAUUCGACUCCCCUGUUUCGGACUUUAACGUUGCCGGAAGCGCCCUCGACGAUCGCUUUCCUCAUAUUUCUCACCACGGAACCAAGGAGAUUCGACUCUGGAGCCGUACGUGGGACAGGACAUGGACAGUUGACGUUCGAUGGCCGAAGGGGGACCUGAGUGGACGGGUAGUCUGCUUGUGGAGCGACCAUAAUCGCCCGGGACUCAUCCCCGCGCUGGAUGAGGUUCAGCAGUACAUCCCUGACUGGGCUGCAAUAAGUAAGUUAUCGGACGGUCUCGUCGAGGGCAGCAAGUCCUUCAAAGUCUAAAGAAUGAAUGAUGGGAAGUAUGAUAUCACGACCUACACGUUGCGAUGUGUUUGUAUCAUAUUUGUGGAUUUCGGUUACUUUCAGUAUCGUUUUUGGGGCAUCAGUCUCAAACACGUUGCUGCUGUCCCAGUACUUGUAGAUAUCAAGGCGUUCGGUUGUUUGGCAUCAUGAGUUUAUACGUUGUUUUGGAUUCCUUUCUACCUCAGGAGCAUGUUGUGAUCAUUAGUCAGUCGUACCUAUUAGUUAACUAUGGAGUCAUUCUUG